UCCUUCCUCCGACGUUCCCUUUUUUUUUUGUUCUUCGUUUUAAUGAAUUAAUAGAGCAUCUCCCCUUCCAGUUUUCCUGAUUAUUAUAUAAAUCUCCCCUCCAAAUCCACCUCCCUCCUAACCCACCUACUCCCAAGAAUUCCAAUUCUCUCUCAUUCUCUCUCUCUCUCUCUCUCUCUCUCUCUGUGCAAUACAAUAUGGCUCUCAAGGCAGUUCAUGUCUCCGACGUCCCCAAUCUCGAUCAAGUCACCGAAAACGCCUCCCUCUCUCUCUACUCCACCCGUUUUCCCAAAGGGAUGGAUGUUAGCAGCAGCAGAACGGGGUAUAAGAUUCCGAAAUUCCUAGUGAUAGGCCACAGAGGGAGCGGUAUGAACAUAUUGCAAUCCUCUGAUCGGAGAAUGAAGGCCUUCAAAGAAAACUCCAUCCUUUCUUUCAACGCCGCCGCCAAUUCCCCCGUCGAUUUCAUUGAAUUUGACGUUCAGGUGACAAAAGAUGACUGCCCUGUCAUUUUCCACGAUGACUUCAUCCUCUCUGAAGAUAAUGGGACUAUAUAUGAGAAGAGAGUGACAGAACUGAGUCUAUCCGAGUUCCUUUGCUAUGGCCCUCAAAGGGAGCCUGGGACAGUGGGCAAAUCUCUAUUGAGAAAAACUGGGGGAAAGAUUUUAAGCUGGAAUGUUGAGAGUGAUGACUCUUUCUGUACGCUUGAAGAAGCGUUUGAGAAGGUUAACCCUUGUUUGGGGUUUAACAUUGAGGUUAAAUUUGACGAUCACAUUGUCUACCAACAAGACCAUCUCAUCCAUGUUCUUCAAGCCAUCUUGAAGGUUGUUUUUGAUUAUGGUAAAGAUAGACCCAUCAUUUUCUCAAGCUUCCAACCCGACGCGGCACUGCUUCUCAGGAAACUGCAGAACACCUACCCAGUCUUCUUUCUCACAAAUGGAGGUACUGAGAUUUACUAUGAUGUGAGAAGGAAUUCUUUAGAGGAGGCCAUAAACCUCUGCUUAGACGGUGGUUUGCAAGGGAUUGUGUCAGAGAUCAAAGGAGUCUUGAGAAAUCCAGGGGCGGUACCCAAGAUCAAAGAGGCUAAGCUCUCACUUUUAACAUAUGGCAAAUUAAAUAACGUGCCAGAAGCCGUUUACUUGCAACAUUUGAUGGGGGUUGAAGGGGUGAUUGUCGAUUUAGUUAAAGAAAUCACAGAGGCUGUUUCCUUUAUGAUAAAGCAGCCAUCUGGGGAUGGGGAAGAAGAGGUGCUAUUGGAAGGGGAGGAUCAGAUUCCGGGCAAAACAAAUCCUCAAUUCUCUGAAAGGGAGCUUUCAUUUUUGUUGAAGCUAAUACCAGCGUUGAUACAGCUAUAAGAUUGCCUCCCUAUACUCCCAAGCAUAGGGCGUUACAAAAUUUUCCUUAUUUCUUGUCGCGAAGAAUUUGAACGUGUGAGUAGUUAUAGAUGCCUGCCCUGUUGUACAUGUAAUGGAAAUUAGCAUAAUUCAUAAGCUUUUCCCUGUUUCUGUAAAAAAACUUCUGGUAAAGGGGAAGAAUGUAGCUACAUUGGUGGAAAAAUUACUUCCACGUGUGAGAUAGCUUACUGAACAAAA